AUGGUGGUGGAGACGAAGACGAAGCAUCGAAGAACGCACAUAUUUUGUGGCGACUACAUUCCUGGUCCCCUCAUCUCCAGCCCUCUUGCUAAAGCCCUCCUCCUCACCUUCCGAUCGGAUGACGUGGAGACUGCUGUUGGCUUUCAGCUGAAAUUCCAAUUCCUCCCCACCCUCCAACUCUUCUCGAGCCCGGCAGUUGACAUUUAUCGCCUAGACGUGUGUUCCAGUGUCGUUGCAAAUGCCACGGAAUGGGAAGGAGUGCUGCACAGUCCCGGAUACCCCUCCGCCUACCCCAGUGACAUGCAUUGUGAGUGGGAGGUCAGCGUGAGCCAUCCGGCACAAGGCAUCAUAAUCCACUUCACAGAUCUCGCUGUGGAGGGCUCCUUCAAAGAAUGCAAAAAUGCUGUCAUUCGGAUAAGGGUGGGCGACACGGUGCAACCCAUCGCCUCCAUUUGCGGUUUUGCCUCCGUCAUCCCCGCCUUCGUCACCAACCACACUUCUGCCACCAUAAGGUACGCUCUCUGA